AUGACCUCGCUGCGCGUCAAGCUGGACGCCCUCGGCUACCCAGAGGCAGAGAGCCUGCAUGUGGACGAUGACGAUGGUGUGCGCCAGCUGCUGAUCUGGCUUGAGGCGACAAAGAUUAGACGGUACUCGGUCGAGGAGCGGAGCCAGCUGGUCGAUGCGCCCCUGGACGAGGCGUGGCGGGCGUAUCUGGCUGCCCUUGAUGCGCCGUAUCCGCCCGAUGCCGGCGCUCGUGCCCAGGCGCUGGCGUGGGUCGUUGGUGUUGCUAUCUCGCUCGAGUAUGCUGAUGCUGUUGCCCGGGGUGCCAUCGAUGCCGAGGCUGACCCCGGGACCGAGGUGGUCGCCAUGGAUGAGGAGCGCCCGGGAGCUGCCGUCGCUGAUGACGCCUCGCUCCUGGCCGACGACGCCAUAGUUGGUGCCAUCCGCGCCCUUGCCGCUGCUCUGGGCAUGCCAGCCGAAGGCGAGCCGCUCGACACACUCCGCGCCGCCUGUCACGCCGUCCAUCGCCGGUUCGGUGCCUCGGGCGCCGCAGCCUCGGCCGCCGCCCUCGACGAGCUCACCGAGGCCGAGGCCGUCGAACUUGCCACCAACAUGGAGAAGACCUUCCCGCUCGGUUUUGACACCGGCGAUCCGCUCGUCAACCGCGCCGCUGCCAUCCUCAAGCUCCUCUACGUCCACGACCUCCGCGAGCUCCAGACCCAGAUCAACGAGCUCAUUGUCGCCAUCCAGAACGUCACUGCAGACCCAAAGACCAACUCGAAGCUCGGCAAGGUCGGCCGAUAAGCGCCCACCUCCUCCCCUCUCGCUCUUCCCCGCACGUAGAACCUUCUGUAGCAUACAACCAAAUGACCAGAGCAGGCA